CAUGAGCGUCACUGAGUAUACUACUCAGUUUGACCGGUUGGCGAGGUUAGCCUCGGGAAUUGUGCCGACCGACUUCAGCAAGAAGGAGAAGUAUCUGGACGGGUUGAAUCCCAAGAUCAGGCAUGACCUGAUGAUCACCACCGACGACAGCACCACCUAUGCUCAGAUGGUGGAGAAGGCACUGCGAGCUGAGGGCGCAGUGGGGUGCAUGUCAGAAUCAGCCAGUACUCCGGUUAGUGGCGGGGCUCCUACCCCUCCUGCAUCAGGCUAUAGCAGGGGGAGUAGUGGUUCGGCCAUUGAUCAGAGGAAGAGGGCACCCACUGCUUCCGGCGGCUCGAGUCAGAACAAGAGGUUCCGGGGGAACCAGAACAGAGGGAGUCGUCCUGGUGGUACUGAGACCAGAUUCUCCUAUCCCGAGUGCCCUAGCUGCAAGAGGCAUCAUCGGGGUGAGUGCAAAGGUCAGGGAUGCUUUCAUUGUGGCAUGCCCGGACACUUCAAGAGGGAAUGUCCCCAGCUCCGGCCAGAGGCACCGAGAGCUCCAGCGAUACCCACUCCAGCCAGGGUGUUCGCUAUCACGCAGGCUGAUGCAGAUGCCAGCCCAUCAGUUGUCACAGGUCAGCUUUUUAUUAACAACUCGCUAUAUUCAGUGCUGUUUGAUUCUGGGGCUACACAUUCUUAUGUGGCGGCCAGAGUCUUUAGUAAAUUGGGUAGACCCUAUGAUAGAUAUGAAUCAGGGUUUGGAACCCUGUUACCUGGCGGAGAAUUGGUUAUCUCCAAUAGGUGGAUUAGGUCUAUGCCGAUCAGGAUAGAUGGUAGAGAGUUAAGCGCUGAUCUGAUAGAGAUGAGCUUAGUCGAAUUUGAUAUUAUUUUAGGAAUGGAUUUCCUAUCUAAAUAUUCGGCGAGCAUUGAUUGUAAAAGGAAGAUGGUGGUCUUCCAAACGGGAAGUGAAGAACCGUUUGUAUUUGUGGGUUCAGUUCAGGGAUCUCGGAUCCCGGUGAUCUCGGCUAUGUCAGCGAGAGAAUUGUUGCACGGCGGGUGCUUAGGGUUUCUGGCCGUGGUGGUAGACACCACUCGGCCAGACACCAUUCGGCCAGAGGACAUCAGAGUGGUUCGGGAAUUUUUGGACGUAUUUCCCGAAGAACUUCCAGGGUUACCACCUCAGCGGGAGAUUGAUUUUGUGAUUGACUUGGCACCAGGGGUGGAUCCGGUUUCCAAAGCCCCAUAUAGAAUGGCUCCAGCUGAACUUAAGGAAUUAAAGAUUCAGCUCCAAGGGUUGCUUGACAUAGGGUUCAUUCGGCCCAGUGUGUCACCCUGGGGAGCCCCGGUUUUGUUCGUCAAGAAGAAGGAUGGAUCUAUGAGGAUAUUUAUUCUUCACCGUCAACUUGUUCAACUCUCUGUAGUCGAUGCACAUUCUCAUAGAUCCAUCCUUCUUUUUGACGAACAAAACCGGGGCUCCCCAGGGUGACACACUGGGCCGAAUGAACCCUAUGUCAAGCAACCCUUGGAGCUGAAUCUUUAAUUCCUUAAGUUCAGCUGGAGCCAUCCUAUACGGGGCUUUGGAAACCGGUUCCACCCCUGGUGCCAAGUCAAUCACGAAAUCAAUCUCCCGCUGAGGUGGUAACCCUGGAAGUUCUUCGGGAAAAACGUCCAAAAAUUCCCGAACCACUCUGAUGUCCUCUGGCCGAAUGGUGUCUGGCCGAGUGGUGUCCACCACCACGGCCAGAAACCCUAAGCACCCGCCGUGCAACAAUUCUCUCGCUGACAUAGCCGAGAUCACCGGGAUCCGAGAUCCCUGAACCGAACCAACAAAUACAAACGGUUCUUCACUUUCCGGUUGGAAGACCACCAUCUUCCUUUUACAGUCAAUGCUCGCCGAAUAUUUAGAUAGGAAAUCCAUUCCUAAAAUAAUAUCGAAUUCGACUAAGCUCAUCUCUAUCAGAUCAACGCUUAACUCUCUACCAUCUAUCCUGAUCGGCAUAGACCUAAUCCACCUAUUGGAGAUAACCGAUUCUCCGCCAGGUAACAGGGUUCCAAACCCUGAUUCAUAUCUAUCAAAGGGUCUACCCAAUUUACUAAAGACUCUGGCCGCCACAUAAGAAUGUGUAGCCCCAGAAUCAAACAGCACUGAAUAUAGCGAGUUGUUAAUAAAAAGCUGACCUGUGACAACUGAUGGGCUGGCAUCUGCAUCAGCCUGCGUGAUAGCGAACACCCUGGCUGGAGUGGGUAUCGCUGGAGCUCUCGGUGCCUCUGGUCGGAGCUGGGGACAUUCCCUCUUGAAGUGUCCGGGCAUGCCACAAUGAAAGCAUCCCUGACCUUUGCAUUCGCCCCGAUGGUGCCUCUUGCAGCUAGGGCACUCGGGAUAGGAGAAUCGGGUCUCAUUACCACCAGGACGACUCCCUCGGUUCUGGUUCCCCCGGAACCUCUUGUUCUGACUCGAGCCGCCGGAAGCAGUGGGUGCCCUCUUCCUCUGAUCAAUGGCCGAACCACUACUCCCCCUGCUAUAGCCUGAUGCAGGAGGGGUAGGAGCUCCGCCACUCACCGGAGUACUGGCUGAUUCUGACAUACACCCCACUGCGCCCUCAGCUCGCAGUGCCUUCUCCACCAUCUGAGCAUAGGUGGUGCUGUCGUCGGUGGUGAUCAUCAGGUCAUGCCUGAUCUUGGGAUUCAACCCGUCCAGAUACUUCUCCUUCUUACUGAAGUCGGUCGGCACAAUUCCCGAGGCUAACCUCGCCAACCGAUCAAACUGAGUAGUAUACUCAGUGACGCUCAUGUUCUCCCGCUGGGUCAGGUGAACGAACUCUUUCCUCUUGGCGCUUCUGACCGCCUCAUUGUAGUA